AUGACUGGUCCAAUUCUUACAACCUUGCUCAAUACUAAUAGACAUUUUAUGGUUACUAAAUCUAAGGCUCAAACCCGUACUCCCAAUGUUUUAAAUUCUAUUGUUGCAGCCCCUGAUUACACACAACAACCACCAAAAUUAGCUAAAUUAGCUAUUACUCUUCCUCACUGGCAUAGAGCUAUGAGAUAUGAAUAUCAAGCUCUUAUGAAAGCUAAUACCUGGACUGUAGUGCCACCACCACAUAAUGCCGAAAUUAUAGGUAGUAAAUGGGUCUUCACUAUUAAGAAACAUCUACAUGGAACUAUACAAAAGUACAAAGCACGAUUUGUUGCUCAAAGCUUUUAUCAAGAGGAAGGCUGA